UCCGGUUGGGUUUAACGUAGGUAUAAAAGAUCGGCAUUCCUCCGAAAAUAGUACCAGUUGCCCAUUGAACUUAACAGCAACUCCAAGAUUCGGGAAACCAAUCAACCAAUAAUGAAUACCCUGAUGAUUCUGGCCGUUGUCAUUGGUUGUGCCUUGGCAGCACCAAAACCCGGCUAUCUCACUGGUGAACAUCCAGCUCCAGUGGUCACUGGUGAGAUUAUCAACGCGUACUCCUCACCACUCAUCACGGGUUACUCAGCACCAGUUGUUAAAACAAUUCCAGCACCUUUAAUCACGAGUUACUCUUCACCGUUGGUCAAGACCGUUCGUCAUCCAGCAGUUGCCAGUUACUCUUCCCAAUUGAUCAAGGCCGGUGGUCAUCCAGCAGUUGCGAGUUAUUCCUCACCAUUGAUAUCGAGCUACUCUUCACCCUUGAUAUCCAACUACCCCUCACCCUUGGUUUCCAGCUAUUCCUCACCCCUGCUGUCAAGCUAUUCUGCUCCAUCCCUAAUAUCACCCUACGCCACUCCAGUCGUCAAGACACUUCACUCCUCUCCCAUCAUCCACACACCUAUUUUCUAGAUUACCCUUGUUAUUUCUAAAAUGUAACUGCAGCUCAAAUAUGCAAUAAAUUAUUAUUACUCUGAAUUUGCGUUGUAAAAUCAUCACUGAAAAACCCUUCUCCCUCUCCAAUAAAAUGGAAUAAAAAAUAAUGCCCAGAAUCUUC